UUCAUAAAAUGGACAAGCAAUCAACACCUCAUCCAAAGCAGAGAAUUUUACAGACGAGUAGAGGAAGUCGGAACCAUCUCUUCUUCAACAAACGAAACACUGACUCUCGAGCUUCAAGUCGUCUCCAAUAUUUUUCACAAAAUCCAUCUCGAAGACAAGCAAGGCCAGCUAUCAUAACAACAAGUAACUCAACAUCCAGGAUGAAGACAAUUAUAAACUGGAACAAAUCAGAAUCCAAGAUCAAAAAGAAAUUAGUGAGCAAAGCGUAUAGCCAAGCCUGUAAAGAGCUUUCAGAUUUCCUAUGGAGAAAAUAAGAAGAUCAAGUCCCUCAGAAAAGAGUACAAUGUGACUACUUCAGAUUACUUCCCUGGCCUUGAUCAGCCUAUCAAAAGGAUCGAAGACCGAAUGAAGAAGAUUCACUUUCAAAAGAGAAGAGAAGUCGCCCUUUCAAAACUCAAAGGAAUGCAAGACUUCAUCAAAGCAAGAAUGACCUUCCUGAGAAUCAAAGAUAAGAGAGUCAAAGCGGCAAAGGUCAUCCAGAAAGUCUGGAGAGAACGUAUUGAUAAAAUUCGAAGAAUGAUUGAGCGAAGAAUCGCUAAAAAUAAAGCCAUAAUUACUGUUCAAACCCACCUUAGAUCAUAUUUGUUCUGGAAAUAAAGGGACCCUCAAGAAACUACAACUCGAAAAACUUGAAAUUAACAAUCGAUUCUGGAAGCAAGUCAAGGAGAAGCAACACAAAAAUAUUGUCAGGGACAUAGAACAUCUGAUACUUGGCUAUCUGGCUAGAAAGAAAGAAAAAGAGAGAAGGCUCUCCAAAACAAGAACAUUCUGGGGCCUCACAAUGAAAAUCAAACAAAUUCUGAAAGAGUAUCUUCGCUUCCAGAACAAAAACCGAAAUCAUAAAAAGAAAGGCCAUGGCUUCAGAAGAGUCAGGCAAAAGGAGUCUAAGGUUAACCUUGACAUUAACAGAAUCAAUAGUCAUAAUUCAGAUCGAAGUCACUGCCAAGACUCUCACUCCAAUCAAGAAGAGAAGAAGCAAAUUAGGCAAUCAAAAUUUGCAGUCACAAAAUUCAAAGCAGACUCAGGUAGCAAGGCAAGGGACGAUUCAAUCUCUGAAAUCAGAAUAGACCAUGAAAGUGUGAGUAAUACUUCCAAAAGUAAACAUUCAUCAAAGGAAGAAAAAACAGAGUCAGUCCCAAUUAUUGCUGAGUCAGAUCAGAAAGAAGAUAUCAGUCAUGAACCCACCAUUUCUGAUAUGUACAAGGUGAAUGAGCCAAACUUGAUAGCUGAACCUCAACAGUACCUUGACAAAGAGAAAAAGACUCUUGAUGUCAUCUCUGAUAAUAUUAUGAAAGAGCAUAUAGCCUUUUCAAAGAUAGCCCAAGAUCAAGAGAAAUCUCGUCAAAAUCGAAAAUGAACCAAUAUUAAGACAUUUAACCCAAUACAGAUGGAAAAGGAGAUGAUAACUCCCCUUCCAGGGUACCUCCAACCAACCACUAGCAGGCUAAUAAAAGAGAUCCCAGUGGAUGAUAAAAUCCUUGACGAAUAUAAGAUAGCAUCUAACAGAAGAACUAUUACGAGCAAAGGUCUCAAACGGAAUGACCUCAAUCAAAAAGUUGAUCUUGCAGAGUUCAUUCUCAGCCACCGAAGCAAUAGUAAUACUCCAAAACAAACUAAGAAGAUGCUAAAGCCAUGCAAAUCAGCUCGGGUGAUCCCGAAAUCAGACUUUGGAGCAGAUCAAAACACUUAUAUAUUUAACAAAGAAAUCAUGACUCCAGAAGCCUUUGAAAGGGCAGAUAUCCUGAAUGACUUAGGACUGAUUUAUGAGGUUCUGACAGAACAGAAGCAACAUAGGAGUUAAUAAGAAUUU